AUGCCCAACGGACCAUCAGAGGAAGUCGUACAGGAAACUGUUGUUCAUGGGCGACCAUCGCAUACAUGGAGAACGGUGCUCCUCAGCAUUGUCGUCGUCGGAUCCGUAGCAUGCACAUGGGCCUUGUCCACCCAGUUCAGUAAGACGGCAUUGGUCAUCGAUCCGGUUAGUCAUUUGGCAGCACGAAAAAUUAUUGCGUCUAAAGGAACUCUUUGGAAAGUGCUAGGUUAA